UCACGCCUGCGCAAGAACAACCAAUCCGUCUAUCACUGUUGCUAAAUUUAUACGCCGGUGUCGUGUGCAAAAUGUAUUGCAUAUAUACAUCCGUAUAAAUGUAUAAAGGAGAAGCUGCAUUUUCAGCUCGUAGUUGGUAAUGUGAACAAAUAUAUUGGAUAGUGUAUUGUCGCAAGUAUUGUUCUUUCGUGAACAUAAUGCUGCAAUUUAAUCCAUAUAAUGUGAUAUUUUUACUCGCUAUAACUUUCAAUGGUUUGGAUUAUCCGAAUACUCCGAUAAUAUUGCAGGAAAGACGAGUGAAUGAAAAAAUUGGACGUAUGCUAUUAGAAAUAAAAAAUGAAGAACAAUUUCAAUUAGAAGAGGAAGAAACUUUAGAUUUUUAUGAUGAUGAUAAGUUUUUUAAUGAAUAAAAUAAUUUAUUUAAUAAAUUAGUUUUAUUAAUCAUUUAAAAAUUUUAUUUCGGUAAACUUUAAUUUUUAUUUAUUGAUUAAAAAAUUUAGGUUAUCUAUAAGCAUUUUAUUAUUAAUAAAAUAUUUUAAUAUAAUAAUAUAUAAGUAUGAGGUGCCAGAAGCGGAAAAAGUUGAUUUAUUAGAGGCGGAUAAAGAAAAAAUCUUUUCCAGAAGAAGUUAUUUGUGAUUCAGUUGAAAAAACAAUAUCAAACGAUUAUAAGAGGCAAGCUGUGGAAUACUGGAAAAGUGGUAAGACAAAACCAAGAUCGCUUGAAAGAGUUAAGCAAAAAUUUAGACAAGUUACAUCGAUACGACAAUUACGACGAUGGGAAAAUUAUUUCAUCCAAGGUGGUAGUAGGCCAGAAAAAUUAAAAAAAAAUUCUCAAUACACAUUAGACCAUUUUAAUAAAGCAUUAAAAAAAAAUCAUCAUUCAUGACAUUGACAUCGCUCGAUGGGCUUCUCAAACACAAAAUGAAGAAAAUGUGGCAGGAUUCAAAGCUUCAGAGAAAUGGGUACAAAGAUUUAAAAAAACAUAAUAUUGUAUCUAGAAAAAUAACAAAAUUUGUUACAAAAAAGUCUCUAUUAUCAAAACCUGAUUUAGAAAAUAAAUGCGAGACAUUUAUUGCAAACGUAAAAUAUUAUAUUAAUCGAUUUGGCGUGGAAAAUAUUUAUAAUUCAGAUCAGAGUGGAUUUCAGUUAGAAUUUCAUUCUGGUCGUACUUUAGCUCAAAAAGGUAUUAAAAACGUAGAAUCUACAGUACAGUCUAUAUCAGCAACCACGCAUAGCUAUACAAUUCAACCGACUAUUUCGGCUGAUGGUAGAUUAUUAUCACCUCUUUUCAUAGUAUUAAAAGAAAUUACAGGAACAUUUGGUCCGAGAGUACAAGAAACAUUAUUCAACGCGCCUAAUAUCUUUGUUACGGCUUCAAAGUCAGGCAAAUUAACAUCAAAUCAUGUAAAAACUUGGCUAAAGGAAGUAUUUUUUCCGAAUGUCGGGCCACAAUCAGUAUUGUUGUUAGAUUCGUGGAGUGGACAUUGUCCUAACAUAGUUUCAGAAACUAAACCAGAUUCUGCAACAGAUAUUGUUUUCCUAACUAUUCCAGCCGGUACAACGGGAAAAAUACAGCCAUUAGACGUAUACGGAUUUCGAUUGUGGAAGAAUUUCAUUAAAUACUUUUCUGAUACUAUUAUGUUGUUAAAUCUGGCUUUAGAUCUUUAUAAUAGAAAUAAUAUCUUGAAAUUACAAUCAUUAACACACCAUCAAUUCUCGUCGCCCAGGUUUCAAAAUAUAUUUAAAUAUGCGUGGACUAAAAGUGGGUACGUAGAGAAUGCAUACGAUGAAUACCUGCAAGUUAUACCGAUAGAAUUUGAAACACCAGUAGACUUUUGUUUUAAAAAGAAUUCUAAAGUAAAAUGCGAUCUUUGUGACGAAAUAGCCAUUAUAACUUGUUCUUGGUGUAGAAAAUCGCUUUGUAUAACACAUUUUUUCCACGAACAUCAUCUUUGUAAUGAAUAUGUGCCAUAAAUAUAAGACAUUUAUAAACAUGUUUGGUAAGAUUUUAGCAGUUUUCCUUACCCAUGCAAUAAAUAUUGGUAUUCUUUUAUUUCUGUUUAAUAAAAAUUUUAUAUUGGUAAAAUUA